GGCUGAGCUGCUGGGAGCGAGAGCCAGGUGUGCCCCCACCCCAGCUUCCCACAGGAACAGCCUGUUGGGAUUGCAGGGUCCCUAAGAGCUUGGCCCAAUGGGCUAACGAGGCACAUGCAAGGAAGAACUGGAAUGGGUUGUGACCCCAGGACCUGUGCACCAAGCCAAGACAUAACAGGCCUCCUCCCAGCUGCUGACCCCAGUCCAGACAUCCAACCAACCCUCCCCUCCAAGAGGAAGAUGGAUCCAAGUACCGUUGACCCUGUGGGCAGAGCAGAGAGCAGCAGGUUUCUAGACAGCUGGAGCGAGCUCUUCCGAAGGAACCCCCAUGUCCUUGGGCUCCCAGACUAUGGGCACAGACAUGGGUUCCUGGGUAAAUUAUGGAAGGCAGCCUCUGGAUACCCAUCCCAGAUGCCUGGGACCCGAGCUCACCUACGCGAGCUGCACCUGCCCCGGAUCUCGGCGUGCGCGGGCGCCUGCAUUUUUCAGCCUCUCCGCGCGCUUUCACCACCCGGCCCCAGCCCGCGAGCAGCGCUGCGACAGUCCGACGUGGAGCCUUCCACAGAGGACUCACCUGCUGUCCCUGCCGGCGGCUGGCAACCGCAGGGUGGCGCCCGGCUCGCCUUCGCGCCCGCGCCCGGCGCCUCAGGGCUCCACUGGCGUCCACCGAGCGCCGCGCGCCUCCACGCGAAUGGGCUGCCGCCGCCCGCCUUCUUGUUGGUCCCAUCCCCGCCCUGCGCCCGCCCCGCGCCCGGCCCGGCCCGGCCCGGCAAGAAAGCCUUAAUUGGUAAAAUCGCCCAGGAGCCGGGGGCGGUGCGGGGGGCGCGCCAUGAGCUCCAUCGCCCCGUCGCCUGGCGACGCCGCCCCCCGGGAUGAGCUCACCGCCCUGCUAGGUCCGCCAGGCCCCGGGGAGGGGGGAGGGGGCUCACC